AUGACGCAGCUUUUCGCUUCCAGCCCGUCGUCCAACGUGACGAAUGAGAAACGGGGGAAUUUUCUCGCGUCGAAAAAACACCCCAACGAAUCGAGCCAUCUCCCCACGAGGAUCAAGAAUUUCUUCCGCAUCAACAGCUCCAACAAUUCCUCCCACGGCGGCCACUCCAACAGCAGCGACCGGGAUCGCGAGAGGGACGCCACCGCCGCCAAGACUGAAUCCAAGUCCGCUUUCAGGCAAUCCCGUUUCUUGCCCACCAUUGGUCGUAAUCGCUCGACCACCGUUGCGAGCGAAGGCAACCCUCUCGACGAGGGUGUCUCCCCCAUUGCGACCGCCAAUCCGUAUUUCGUCCACCAGGGUCAGCCGUCCCUGCAGCAUCGCAACGAUGGCGAAGAGGCCUCAUCGCCCCCCGACACCCCCGAGUUGCAGGUAGACGGCGUCUCUGCCGCCGAGCAGGCGACGACCGCCAACAAGGAGGAGUUGGCCCGAAAGCUUCGUCGUGUCGCUUCGGCUCCCAAUGCACAGAACCUCUUCUCCCAAGGACAGUCCGGGGACCGACCCCAGACCGCCGAGCUAGGAAAGGAACCGCUGGUGGAACAGUCCACCGUCGACCCGCAAACAGGCCAUGCGACGGACAACGUUGUGAGUCUGUCGGUUCCCAAGCUCGGUUCCGACGGCAAACUCCCCAGUCCCGGUCAGAUUCGGACCUCCUCGUCCUUCCGCCGGACGUACAGCUCGAAUUCCAUCAAAAUCCGCAACGUCGAAGUGGGGCCGAGUAGCUUUGAUAAGAUCAAAUUGAUCGGCAAGGGCGACGUGGGCAAGGUUUAUCUCGUGCGCGAGAAGAAGUCCAGCCGCUUAUACGCGAUGAAAGUCCUGAGCAAGAAGGAAAUGAUCAAGCGAAACAAGAUCAAGAGAGCCCUGGCCGAACAGGAGAUCCUCGCUACUAGCAAUCACCCGUUCAUCGUCACUCUCUACCAUUCUUUCCAAUCCGAGGAUUACCUCUAUCUGUGCAUGGAGUAUUGCAGCGGCGGCGAAUUUUUCCGAGCACUGCAAACGCGUCCGGGAAAGUGCAUCUCCGAGGACGCGGCCCGGUUCUAUGCCGCCGAAGUGACGGCCGCUCUGGAGUAUCUCCAUCUCAUGGGCUUUAUCUACCGUGACCUGAAGCCGGAGAAUAUCCUGCUUCACCAGUCGGGCCACAUCAUGUUGUCCGAUUUUGAUCUGUCUAAACAAUCCGGACCGGGCGGUGCGCCCGUCAUGAUUCCCGCACGGAGCGGCAACUCUACGACGUCGCUUCCUACCAUUGACACCAAGUCCUGCAUUGCGGAUUUCCGGACAAAUUCCUUUGUCGGGACUGAAGAGUAUAUAGCCCCGGAGGUGAUCAAGGGUUGCGGGCACACCAGUGCCGUGGACUGGUGGACCUUGGGCAUUCUGAUCUACGAAAUGCUCUACGGGACGACGCCCUUCAAGGGCAAGAAUCGCAACGCGACAUUUGGCAACAUCCUCCGGGAUGAAGUACCGUUCCCCGAACACACCGGGGCCCAGCAGAUCUCAAAUCUGUGCAAGUCCCUCAUCCGGAAACUCCUGAUCAAGGACGAGACGAGACGUCUGGGCGCGCGCGCUGGUGCUUCCGAUGUGAAGACCCAUCCCUUCUUCCGGCAAACCCAGUGGGCGCUCAUUCGCCACAUGAAACCGCCCAUGAUCCCCAACCAGGGCGGGGGCACGGACACGGUCAACUUCCGCAACGUCAAGGAAAGCGGGAGCGUCGAUAUCGGCGGGAGCAAGACCAUCAAGAUGAAGGGGGUUCCCAUGGAUUCGACGACCCCGACUGGCGAGGUCGCGGAUCCUUUCGAGGAGUUCAACAGCGUUACUCUGCAUCAUGAUGGAGACCCAUAG